AUGGGAAACGAGAAAGCUGCUACAGUCCUAGGGACUUUGGGUACAGUGUGCUGGUGUAUUCAACUAAUACCACAAGUCUACUAUAAUUACAGAAGGAAGAAUUGUGAAGGGUUUCCACCAUUAAUGAUGUUUCUUUGGGCUGCAUGUGGUAUCCCAUUUUCAAUUUAUUUUAUGAGUACAAGAUCUAAUGUCAGUCUUCAAGUUCAACCUGAAGUGUUUUUCUGCUUUUGCACAAUAGCCUGGAUUCAAACAUUAUAUUAUCCACCAGUUCAGUUGAGUAAAAAAAAGAUAACACUGAUGGUUGCUUCAUUCAUACUGUUUGCUAUUGGAUGUCAAGUUGGAUUUAUCCUAUGGUUGAGACCCUUACAUGAUCGUGGUAUCACUUGGCCUACUUUGAUCUUUGGUGUAAUAGCAUCUGUGCUUUUGGCAGUUGGUCUACUACCACCUUAUUUCGAAUUAGCUAAAAGAAAAGGGAGAGUUGUGGGUAUCAAUUUUUGGUUUAUUGGUAUUGAUUGUGCAGGUGCUUUUUUUUCAAUGUUGUCUGUUGUUGUUGGUUCAAUGGAUAUCAUGGGUAUCAUUCUCUACUGUGUUUGUAUGGCUUUAGAGGUUGGUAUUUUCACAAGUCAUUUCAUAUGGUGCCUGAGAUUCAAAUGGUUUAGAAAGAGUGACGAUCUGGAGUCAAAUGAUGAUGUCGAAUUGGGGUUAGGUGAUAAAGAAUCUUUAGAGAAAAAGAGAUCACACGAAGUGAGCUCAGAGAUUCUGGAUCACAGAGCAGAUACCCAUAGUGCUGUUGAUAAUGAAGAAACAAGAACUGUUGAAAGCACAGAAGAGCACAAGGAACAUGAAAUAACCACCAAGGAGCAUUGA